ACCAUAAUGUCACUCGUCAUGUAAAAUUGAAGGAAGCUGUCUUCAUACCAUGAACCUUACUGCACCAGGAUUGUUCUUGCCGGUCUACCGUCCUUUGUGGAUAAAGUCAAGCAUAUGUUAAAAGUAUCAAAGUGUCUUCCAGUCUGUACUCCCAAAGGUAUAAUUAUAUUUUCAUUGCUAAAAGCUAUGUCCUGUUGGGACAUAUAUAGACUGAUCUAUCAUCAUUGCACAAAAGCUGUUUAGCCGUCUUUUAGUAUGUCUUUUUUUUUGAUGAGUGAUGUUUCUUUUAUUGUUGUUAUUAGCGUGGGAAGGGACUGAAGGGUCUUUUAGCAUGUCUUAUGUUGCUAUAUGCCAUGGAAUCCACAAUGCAUUUGAUAAUAUAGUUUAGAAGAGCUUGUAAGCAUAUCUUUGGCCCUACUUAAAUCUUCUGCCGAUUUAUUCCUCUGUUUCUCUUCAUUUGUCAUGUGGAAGAGGUCAAUUAAGCAAUCCACAUAGGUGACAACAGUUUUCUUGUCUCAACUUCAACGUCUGUUUUCCCAAAGGUCGACGGUAUCAAUUAGGCCUGAACUAUUGGAAUGAUUCCAAUCAUAAGAUUACAAGAAAAGCUGUUUACUUGUUUCAUAUUAGUAGUAUUUAUAGUAGGCCAAACUAUGACCAUAUCAUCUCCCAUCUCUUGCUCCUCCCUCUAGCCAUGGAUACUCUCCUAUACAUCUUUUUGUUCCUUGUCUCCAUCUUCAUUUUCCUCAUCAGCAAAAGAUCAUCAAAAAGAUGCCCUCCAGGCUCACGAGGACUACCCUUCAUGGGCCAAAGCCUAGGCCUUCUUCGAGCCAUGAAAAACAACACUACUGAGAAAUGGCUUGAAGAUAGGGUCAGAAAAUACGGACCAGUAUCAAAGCUAAGCCUCUUUGGGAAGCCAGCAGUUUUCAUAUAUGGACAGGCUGCAAACAAGUUGGUAUUUGCCGGUGAGGGAAGCACCACUGGCUACCACCAACCCAAAUCAAUGAUAAAGAUAAUGGGUGAGAGCAGUUUGUUAGGACUAAGUGGCCAAGAUCACAAGCGUGUUAGACAUGCGCUUAUGUCGAUCUUGAAGCCUGAAUCCCUGAGAGAGUAUGUGGGAAGGAUUGAUGAAGAAAUGAGAAAUCACCUUGAAAUGCACUGGGAAGGAAAGCAAGAGGUCACGGUGUUGCCACUGAUGAAGACUCUCACAUUCAAUAUUGUAUGCUCUAUUUUAAUUGGACUUGAGCGAGGAGUUCGAAGAGAUAAGUUUCUGGAUAGCUUUCAAGAAAUGAUACAAGGUGUAUGGUCAGUCCCAAUUAACUUGCCCUUCACAAGCUACAGUCGAGGCAUCAAGGCAAGUGCAAGCAUCCAAAACAUGGUCAAGGAUCUUAUCCAGGAGAAGAGGGAGGAGUUCAAUCAAAAUGGUGCAUCUCGGAGUCGAGACCUCACUGCUUGCUUGCUUAAUAUCCGUGAUGAAAACAAUGAACCAGUAUUAACUGAUAAGGAGAUUCUUCAUAAUCUUAUUCUUGUCAUGAUUGCUGGACAUGACACUUCAUCUAUUCUAAUCACUUUUAUUAUCAGGCUUUUGGCUAAUGAUCCUUCUGUUUAUGCUGGUGUUGUUCAAGAACAAGAAGAGAUAACCAAGACCAAGUCCAAAGGAGAACCACUAAAAUGGGAGGACCUUGCUAAGAUGAAGUACACAUGGCGAGUAGCAACAGAAACUUUGAGGAUGUUUCCCCCAGUCUUUGGUGGAUUUAGGAGCGCGCUCAAGGAAAUAGAGUACGAAGGGUACACUAUACCAAAAGGAUGGCAAAUUUUCUGGGUUUCAAGCAUGACCCACAUGGAUGAUAGACUUUUCCCAGAGCCUACAAAGUUUGAUCCAAACAGAUUUCGGGACCAAGCAUCAAUUCCACCCUACAGCUUCAUUGCAUUCGGAGCGGGACCUCGGUUAUGCCCAGGAAUUGAGUUUGCAAGGAUGGAAACACUAGUUGCAAUCCAUUAUAUUACCACAAGAUUUACAUGGAAGUUAUGUGCUGACAAUUUGUUCAGUAGGGUUCCAAUGCCACUACCAACUAAAGGGCUUCCAAUCCAAAUUGUACCAAGGAAUCUGCUGUGAUCUUCCAAUCUGUCAAAUAAUGCAAUAAGACUUUAUGCAUAUGUAAGCCUUGUUUGUCUAAGAACAGUGUUUAGUAACUUUAUGCUGAUUGGUAGCUAAUGUCAGAGUAUAUAUGUAUAUGGAUUAUUGGCAUAAAUAGAGUCUGGAUUCCAACCCAAAAGCAAACAAAAAAGGGUCACAGUUGAUUAUUUCAUCAAACUUCUAUUUUAUUGACCUAUCACCAUGGCAAGCUCCA